AUGUCGGCAACUGUCACAGAGAACCCUGUCACGACGACAAUCCAACGAGACUACCUCCACGACUAUCAGAUUCGUCUCACUGGAGGCGUUGAGGAAGCCUUCACGAGAGGCAAUGCGGAUGCUCCAUCGCCAGCAGCAGUGAACCCGCCCGGAUGGUACGACCAGCACCGCCAGGUCCCUCCAUACAGGCCGGCGAACACGAAUAUGGAUAUAGCAGACAGACCAUGGGGGUCAAAUGGCAUCGAGUCGGCCUUUGUGUUUGUCAUGUUGAAUGGGUGUUGGCUUCAAGGGGUUACCAACUGGCUCUGGAGGUCGACGGGUGGAAGAGUGAAUAAGGAUAUUUUCAGGUUCAAGUGUCGCCUUAGAGGCAUGGUGGUGGCGGAUGGCACCUACUCUGUGUUCAAUGUAUUCAAUGACAGCAAUCCAUUUUCUAUGGAAUCUGGUGUUUGCGACGAGUAUCAUCUCAUUUGCCUUACCAUAAGCUCCGCUCGUUGGGGUCAGCCCCUCCCCCACCGUUCCGCCCGUGCGCAACAAACGCCAUACACGGAGGCGGCGGCGGCAGCGAUGAGGAGUAGAGGCAGACAUCUUGCAUCAUCCGCUCCAUUCAUCUCAUCGUCGGUGAAAGAGUUCAACCUGAGACAUAUAGGCAAACAUUUAGCUCCAAUCACCAUGUCUGUCAAGACCCCUCCCAUCAAAGACCUGCUCGAGGUCACCGAGGACCAGGAGAACGGCCUCACCUUUAUGAAAAACGUCUCCAUCCCGCUCAAAGACUCCCCGCUCCCCAUUCGCGCGAACGUCUACCUUCCGCUCACUUCGGAUAAGGCCGCACGUUACCCUGUGCUGGUGACCUACGGACCAUAUGGCAAAGAUAUCCCCUAUGCCAAGUUCUAUCCCAAGUCGUUCAGCGAGGUUGCUCCAGAUCAGAGAUCCAAAUACUCGGCCUGGGAGACGCCCGAUCCGGUCUUCUGGACGAGCCAGGGAUAUGCUAUCGUUCGAGCCGACGAGCGAGGACUGGGCCAGAGCCCAGGACUGUUGGAUACCAUGAGCCGUGGCACGAGCGAGUGCUUCUUUGACGUGGUUGAGUGGGCUGCAGAUCAGCCCUGGUCUAACGGCAAGGUCGGUCUGUUGGGUAUUUCGUAUUACGCUGGUUCUCAAUGGCGCGUUGCCGCUCGGCGGCCCAAAGGUCUCGCGGCUAUCAUCCCUUGGGAGGGUAUGUCCGACUACUACCGCGACCGCUGCCGUCACGGCGGCAUCCACUCCAAUAAGUUUAUCGGCUUCUGGUGGAACCGCCAGGUACUGGUCAAUCAAUAUGGCAGGAAAGAUAGAUCCAAGCUGGACUUCCCUCCAGAUGGUCCUGGAGCCAGAGGUCAGGAGGACACCAUUGAGGGUGACCUGCCAGAAGACGUCCUGGUAGCCAACCGCCAAGAUCAGACGAAAGACAACGAAGCUAACCGCUUCCGCGACGAUGACUACUACGCAAGCAAAGAAUACAAGCUCGAGGACAUUGAGGUUCCUGUUCUGAGCGUAGCCAACUGGGGUGGCAUCCUUCUUCACCUGAGAGGCAACGUGCAGGGAUACCUCGGAGCAGGCUCCCAGCUCAAGUAUUUGCGCUUCAUCACUGGCCGUCACGAUCUCCCAUUUUACUACCCCGAGGAAGUGGAGCUACAAAAGAGUUUCCUCGAUGCAUUCUUGAAGGGUGAAGAUAGAGUCGGCUGGAGCACGCCUGGCAAGGUGCCUCCCGUGACGCUUACUCUGCGAAAGGGCAACGUCGGAUUCAACGACGCCGAGAAGGAGAAGGCGUAUCCCAAGAGAGAGGAAGCUGCUUGGCCAAUUCCGCGAACAGAUUACACCAACUUCUAUCUGACGCCUGACCUUGGUCUAACGACAAAUGGCUCUGGCCAGGAUCCCAAGACUGUCUCGUAUAAGGCUUUGGGUUCCCUGGAGAACCCUCAAGUUGUUUCCUUCACGUCCGCUCCCUUUGAGCAAGAGACGGAGAUCACAGGCCACGUCACGGCCCAUCUCAACGUCUCGGUGACGCCCGACAACUCGGAAAAUGAAACCGAUAUCGACCUCUUCGUGACCCUGCGCCACAUCGACCCAUCGGGCCAGGAAGUCUUUUACACCGGAACAGCUGGCGACCCCGUGCCGCUCGUCAAGGGCUGGCUGAGAGUGAGCAAUCGCAAGGUUCACGACGAGAGCCCCAAGCACAAGUCCUGGCUGCCGCAUAGAGAGUACCUCUCCACAGACGUCCUGCCAGUCAAGGCUGGAGAGGUCUACGGCGUAGACAUCGAGGUCUGGCCGACAAAUGUCGUUGUCGACAAGGGCGGCAAGAUCGUCUUCGAGGUUAGCAGCGGCGACACCCAGGGCAGCGGAAUUUUCCAGCACUGCUCAGAAGUUGACCGGCCUGCAUCCAAAUUCUCUGGAUUGAACAAUAUUCAUUUCGGCCAAGGCCUUGAGAACUAUGUCACUCUACCCUUUGCAAGUUGGUUUGGGCUCCGAGUCCCUGAUCCGAGCCUCCUACGUACCUUUGCCCAAUCGAGCUUCAUAAAGCCAAUCAUUGAUACCAAUCUCCCUGCCAGUAUGAGUUUCUCCGAGCAUUUCUCCCUUGCCAACAUUCCGUACGGAAUCGCCAGUGACGCGAACCAUGCAAAAGGCGUAGUCACGAGAGUAGGGGACUCGGUCGUCUUCCUCUCUGACCUAAAACUCACAAAUUCCGCGGAUCUCAAGUCCGCUUUGUCUCAGCCGACCCUCAAUGCUUUGGCGGCAGUAGAAAAGACGGAGCUCGGGAUCCUCCGAAAGAACAUUCAACAAACCCUUUCCGACGAAUCGACUCUGUCUGAACAUGGCGUACCGAUCGCCGAGGUUCAGCUACACUUGCCAAUCAAAGUAGACGGCUUCACCGAUUUCUCGUGCUCCAAAGAACAUCUCUUGAAUGCGUCAGAGGCAGUUGUGGGCAAGGCCUCCAUGCCACCCGCAGCACCGUACUUGCCCAUCGGCUACAGUGGUCGGCCUUCUUCGAUUGUACUUUCGGGGACGAAUAUCACGCGGCCGUACGGGCAAUAUCGUGACGGAAACAGUAUUGGUUUCGGUCCCUCUAGAGCGCUCGAUUACGAGCUCGAGGUGGCUUGCAUUAUUGGGAAACCGACGCAGCUUGGAGACCGCGUAGCUGUGACGGAUGCCGACGAGCAUAUCUUUGGUCUCGUUCUGCUGAACGACUGGAGUGCUCGCGAUAUCCAAGGAUUUGAGAUGAGUCCGCUGGGACCGAUGAAUGGCAAGUCAUUCGGGACGUCCAUUAGUCCGUGGGUGAUCACACUCGAAGCACUCGAACCUUUUGCAACACAACCUCCUCCGAAGGAUAUACCCUCGCAGCCAUACUUGUUGGACAACAAGGAGAAAUCGAGUUACAAUAUCGCCUUGAAGGCCGAAGUAGUAACUGGCGACGGGGCUACGACGGUGUGUAAGGCGCAGCUCAGCUGGAUGUACUGGACGUUCCGCGACCUAGUGGCCCAGCAAACAAUCAAUGGGUGUAAUCUCAACACUGGCGAUAUUCUGGCGACGGGGACGGUGUCGGGAGCCGGCGAUGACGAGCACGGGUGUCUGCUAGAGAUGACCAAGGGCGGCAAGGUCGGUUGGAAGACGUCCACUGGUCAAGACAGGAUGUAUUUGCAGGACGGAGACGGCGUGCGCAUCAGCGGGCAAGCUGGGGAUGGCGUGGGGUUUGGUGACUGCCGACAAUGGGUCAUUGGCAAGAACGAGGAGCCUCGGAACUUGAACGAGUAA